UUGCACUUCGAGCUCAGUUCAGUCCGUCGCGCUGGCAGCGAUCUUGAAUCCGCGUGAAGAGCCAUGGCGCAAGCACCGUACAUGGCAUUCCUUGCUCCGAAAUGGCCGGUGCUUUUGAUUGCUUCUGUGCUCGCCAUGCUGCAUCUUGACUACUGCCCUAAGAUUUCCAGCUAUAAUGCCCGUACGCUUUACAAGGAAUACGAUUACAUCAUAGUCGGUGGUGGAACCGCUGGAUGCGUGCUGGCCAACCGGCUUUCAGCUGAUGGCUCGCGAACGGUGCUGCUCAUUGAGGCAGGCGGUGUCGAGAAUGCAGCCACGGAAAUUCCACUGCUCUCAAUGUUACACUUUCACGGUCCCUUCGAUUGGGAUUACCGGACAGAGCCGCAGAAGUACGCUUGCCUCGGGAUGGAUGACAAUAGGUGCAACUGGGCCCGUGGCAAGGUGCUAGGUGGUUCGAGCUCGACCAACUUUCUUAUGCAUGUUCGUGGCAACAGAAGAGACUUUGACCUCUGGGAGAUUCAGCAUGGCGCGUUCAACUGGUCCUACAAGAGUGUGCUUCCUUACUUUAUGAAAUCUGAGAACUAUAUGGGCCCCAAUCCAGACAGACGAUAUCGGGGGAACAGCGGGAAAGUGCCGGUAACAUUUACCGUCACGCAGACACAACUUGUUUCCACUUUCCUGGAAGCGGGGCGAGUACUCGGCUAUAACUUGAUCGACUACAACGGCCCGGAGCAGGCAGGUUUCUCACGCACUCAAACUACAAGUUUCGAAGGAAGACGUUUCAGUGCCGCCAAGAGCUACAUCAGACCAAUCUACAAGAAGCGCUCCAAGAACUUGCAUUUGUUCCUCCAAAGUCGGGCCACUAAAGUUAUUUUCCAGAACAAGAGAGCUGUCGGAGUCCACUUCGUGAAGGGUGGCAUCCUACGAAAAGCACGAGCAAGGCGGGAGGUGAUUCUGUCGGCAGGCGUCAUCGGCUCAACUCAGCUCCUCCUCCUUUCUGGAGUAGGACCCGCGAGAGAUCUCGAAAAGCUCGGCAUUCCGGUGGUUGCGGACCUUCCAGUAGGCGAGAAUCUCCAGGACCACUUGUUCAUGGGUGGAAUGGCUGCCACGAUGCACGUCGACGCCGGACUGAAGCCACAAGACAUGGAAGUAGUGAGAGAGUACGCUCGCACAAAAACAGGUGCUCUAACACUCCCUGCGGCUAUGGAGGCUGUUGGAUUCGUGAACACAUCGUUUGCCCCCUACGACUACCCGGACAUUGAGGUCGUCUUGAACAGCGUUUCCGCUGCGAACAUUGAGGCUGAGCGCUUCUUGUUGGACUUGGGACUCCGCCGGGAAAUAUAUGACGAAUACUACAAGCCGUACCGUGGGCGUAAUGCUUUUCAGCUGGCUCCUCUCCUUAACCGUCUCAAGAGCCGAGGUGUUAUAAAGCUGCGCAGCAAUAACUACCGCGAUCCUCCAAUUCUUGACCCUCGGUACUACUCGCACCCAGCCGACAUCGAAAUCGCCGCUGAAGCAAUGCUCCAGUGCAUACGAAUCCUGAGCACAAAGCCCUUCGCCGAUCUGGGCACGAAGCUUUGGGGCAUCCCCUUCCCGCCGUGCAAAAGUUACACCACGUGGAGCAGGGACUACCUGAAAUGCAUGGCGAGGCACCUGUCGCACACCGGGUGGCACCAGUGCUGCACCAAUCCGAUGGGCUCGGGUCCCAAUGCCGUCGUCGAUCCCCGUCUCAGGGUUCGUGGAGGUGUGAAGCGACUGCGAGUGGUGGACGCGUCUGUGAUGCCUGACAUAGUGUCAGCAAACCUUAAUGCAGCAGUGUACAUGAUUGCGGAAAAAGCCGCAGACAUCAUUCGCGAGGACAAUCCAUAAAUCAAGCUCUUAAAAACGUCCAGUACACCACCGUGAGCGUGGUAAAAACACCCGGCGUCAAAGGUCACGCUGCCUCGUCAAAGCUGAUCGCUGAAUUCCCCUCCCCCUCCCACUGUGCUACCUCAAGACAGUAAUUUGAAUCCUUCAAAAGUUUUGGUCUUCCAAUGAUUACAAGGUCUCUCGAAGGAAAAGAAAAAAAGAGCCGAUUGACUUGAUAUUCAGCAUAACUCCUAAGUAUACAAAAAAUAACGAUGCCAAGUGAAAACCCACGCCAUGCUUAGUGCGGGAAACCACAAGUUUAUUUUCAAACUAUGAGGCACAAAUUUACGGUAAGCUUGAUGAACUCCCUCGUUUUUUAUUUGACUCACACUGACAGCAAAGUUGUCGUUUCUGUUACUUACAUUUCUUUGACUUUCACUUCUGAUAUUUAGGGAAAUCAAGUUUCACGUUAAUUUAGAGCACAGCUUAAAUUAAAAAGGCUGUUGAACAAGCUAGAACAGAUAAUUUGCAUUUGCUUUUCUUGCCUUCAUAUUUCUCUGGACUUGUGAUUGCCCCUGUGAUACGAGUGGACGACUGUUUGUGAAAACUGAUUGACCACCACAAGGUUGUGCUUGGAGGAAUAAAAAAAGCGCAUAAAUG